GUCUGCCAGCUCUGAUAUCCAACGGUUUCGCCGUAUCGCGGUUUCAGAUACAGCCAUUUGUAAGGGCUGAAGCUGGAUUUAUUCUCGGCUUGUUUCGCCCUAUCAGCAACAGUCACAACGUUGCAUCGCGCUAACGCAAAUCGUUUCUCAGGUCUAGCGCCGCGGUUCUGAGUUUAUAUGCGAAAUCAGGGGGUUUUGUAAACCGUUCCAUGUAAGGUUGUGUAAGUCAUAUCCUUCGCUCGCUGCAGCCCACGCGACCUUGAAAAGGACGGUCCGGGAGAGAGGAAGGAAGACCAUGAAUGGCCCUUUCUCUCCGUUGUCAGGGGUGGGAACUAUAAGGUUUCCUCCCUCGGCUCGGUCUCACUCUCAAUCCAAAACAUAAAGAUAUCCCUCACCCAAGACAGGAUAUAGAAACAUACAUACACACUCAUUUAUAUACAUCCCAUAUACAACCUAAUCCUGCCCCAAAACUCGCAACUUACGCCAAUAAUACAUACAAAAUGUCCACCAACACCGACCUCUCAAACCCCAGCCCCGCCCCCACCCCCGCUCCCAACCCCGCUCCGGCCAUCAAGCCAACCCCUCCGCCCCGCCCUCUACCCCCCGACUACCAACUCCGCGACGGCUACCCCAGCGUCCCGGACUACGUCAAACUCCGCAGCACCCCGAAUCUAACGCCCAAAACAGCCGAGCAAGGCGCCCUCGCCCUCGCCGGCAGCUGGUUCGGCUGCCACAUCGUCCACACGCCCACAAACACCUCAGUCGGCAUGGGCCGCAUCAUCGCCGACGGCGGCUGGUAUUUCCACAUCGUAGACAUGGCCGUGGCCACGGAGCACCAGCGCAAGGGGCUGGGGGAUAUCAUUUUUGCGAGACUGAUGGAGCGCAUUAGAGAGGUGGCUACGCCGGGGGUGUGGGUGUCGCUCCUGGCGGAUCCGCCAGGGAAGAAGUUGUAUGCUAAGCAUGGCUUGGUGGAAACGGCGCCGGACUCGGUGGGGAUGGCGAUUAUGCUGUAAAUUCUUACCCCAGGGUGUUCGUUCGGCUGAGGGUGGCUUGGGUGUUUAGUGUUUAGAUGGGUUUGCUGGGUUCUUUAUAUAUGGAUUGCAAUCGAUAGAAAUGCGCCCGUUUUCGAGAUAGAGGUGGUCUGUUCUUGUCUAUUCGAAUGAUGAUGAUGAUGUUUGUAGCGGUAUUAAUUGUUUAAGGAUGUAAUUAGACAAGAAUCGGGAGAGAAAGAAAGAAAGAAAAGCUCAAACGGAAGAGCAUAAAAAAAAGAAAAAAAGAAAAAAAAAGAAACUCUCAGGAAAGCAUCGAUAUAACCCCCAAAAUACGAAGUCAAACAGUGCGGAUGGUAAAAAGACCAUCUAGCUAGCAUCACCAUCUAGAAAGGAUAAAAUGCAUGAAAAAGGUUGUAUACAGGAGUCCCCCUUAAGCCAGAGCUGAAGAGUUUGAGUCCGAGGAAAGCUAUGCAAAACAGCGAGAGAAGCCCCACUUUUCUUUUAAAAAUCAUCAUCAACAUCGUCAUCAUCAGCUACGUCUUCACCUCGAUACUUCUGCCCUCCUCGUUCGCCCGACUUGCGGUUCAGGUUGGACAUUUCGUGCUCUUCCGUUGCAUUCCUGGCUCCGGACAUCGCCAUCGCCUGACGCCCGGUGUCUGAAGCUUCGAGGAAGUCGCGUAGUCGUCGUUUGCCCUCCUCCAGCGCCUGAUGUGAGGCUGCCUCGGUCAUUUUGAUGAUCGGACCCCAGAGAUUCAGCUGAUAGGUGACGUACGCGCCAAUGGCGCACACGAAAAGGAGGAAGAAGUAUGCAGGGUUGCGGAGGACUGGAUAAGGGACGGAUGCAUUAGUUUUUUUUGUUCUGUUUUCAAGGUGGUCCGUAAUGCUAGAAAGAGAUGUCCUGGAUUGCUUACCUGCCAUGAUUUCAUUCCAGCCAAGCGCUAGGAGCAAGCCAUAAAAGUAUAGCGGCACCUGAGUGAUGCCUCCGAUAGCGCUUCUCUUUGCCUCGACGUACACGCCAUCAGCGGUUUUCUUGAACCGAACUAUUAAGUCUUGCUUCUUUGCUUCGCCGAUCAUAGUCAUCUCUUCCUCCAGGCUCUUCCCCUCAUCUUCAUCAACACCUCCAAUCGGGGUUAGGUCCUCUUCAUCCGCAGGCGUUGCUGAGCUCGGCGUGUGUCCGAUCCAUUUGUCCAGUGGGGGAGGCGCGUUGGUCUCUGCAAGCCGGAAGCGGGCAAGGAGGGGGAUAAGCGUUAGUGUGGAUUCCCUAGCUUGUGUAUACACACUUUCAAUGUCAUCGGUCGGGCGCCAAAUUCGAGGAACGCCAGCAUCGUCGUACCGGAAUUUAUCUUCGAAGUUCUCGCGGAGUUUUAAGAGGAGAUUGCCCUCCAUCACUUCCUCUUCGAUUUUAGCUCGUAGGACUCCCCAGGAUUUUCUUCUUAGUCUCCAUAGGCCAACAUCUACUUCGUCAAGGCUGGCGUCAAA